GCAACGCCGUAACAGCCCUACCUCUGCUGGCUGUGCAGGUGCGGCAGCUGUAUUCGCCGCAACCUCCUCCUUCCUUCCCAUCCCUCCGCCUCCGGCUCACGGAUUCCUUCACCUCGCGGAAUUCUCCUCGCCUCCACCACCGCCUCGGCCUCCCGCGAACCCCCGCUGCGCUAGAAGCUUCCUGGGACGCGGUCCGAGGCACGGAUCCUUGGCCCCGAGGCGGGGGCGCGGUUUGCGCGGGGGUUCGGAGCCGGCGCGGGAGCUGCUCUGAUUCGCCGGGGGUGCCGCGGGGAAUGCUCUACCUCAAGCUGCCGGCGGGGGAUCUAGGGUUCCGUCCAGGGCCGGCGCGGCGGGGAUCCGGCGGUGGCGGGGCCUGAGGUGGCGCGAGCGGGCGAUCCGGCCGGGGCCGGCCAUGGCUGCGGCGGCGGCGGCCGCGGUGGAGCAGGAGGCCGAGGCCACAUGCCUGCAGAGCUUCGAGCUCUACGAGAGCGAGUCGAGACUUUAUAUUCUCGGAACUAACUCUGACAAAACACUUUGGAGAUUACUCAAGAUUGAUAGAUCAGAGCCAUCAGAACUUGUGAUAGAUGAGUGUUCUACUGUAUAUAGUGACAGUGAACAUCAUGACUUGUUGAAAGGUCUUGAUGAAGAACACAGGUCAACUGGCGGAGUAAAAUUUGUUACAAAGUUUUACGGCGUAAUUGGUUUCAUCAAGUUCCUUGGGCCAUAUUACAUGCUAAUUAUUACCGAGCAGAAAAGAAUUGGGGAGAUCUUUGCUCAUCCAGUGUACCAGGUGACUAGGACUGCAAUGGUUGAAUUAGCAAAUUCAAAGACAAGAUCAACCUUUCAAAGCUCCAAGGAUGAGAACAGAUACAAGAAGAUCUUGAGCACACUUGAUCUUAGGAAGGAUUUCUUCUUCAGUUAUUCAUACCACAUCAUGAGAAGUCUUCAGAAGAACUUGAGUGACCCACAUCAGGAAGGAUGGACCUUAUAUGAGACAAUGUUUGUCUGGAACGAGUUUCUAACUCGUCGGAUCCGUAACUGUCUCAGAAAUACUUUGUGGACCGUUGCACUGGUCCAUGGUUUCUUUAAGCAGGAUAAAUUCUCAAUAUCUGGGAAGGAUAUCAUGCUCACACUCAUUGCUAGACGCUCGAGGCAUUAUGCUGGAACCAGAUAUUUGAAAAGGGGGGUGAAUGAGAAGGGCAGAGUAGCAAAUGACGUUGAAACUGAGCAAAUUGUAUAUGAAGCUGUGCCUGGACCUAGUGAAGUAAGUUCUGUUGUACAGAACCGGGGUUCAAUCCCACUAUUCUGGUCACAGGAGACAUCAAAAUUGAAUCUUAAACCUAAUAUAAUAUUGCAUGAGAUGGACGAUGAUUAUGAAGCUACCAAGCUUCAUUUUGAAAAUCUUAGAACAAGAUAUGGAAACCCUAUCAUUAUCUUAAACUUGAUUAAGACACGUGAGAGGCGAGAGUCUAUACUUCGCCGUGAAUUUGAUAAGGCAAUCAAGAUAAUAAAUAAGAGCUUAUCAGAGGAGGAUCAUCUGAGGUUCUUACAUUGGGAUCUCCAUAAAAAUUCUCAAGGCAAACCUACAAAUGUGCUUGAUGUUCUGCUGAAAGUGGCAUUUCGGGCUCUGAGUUUAACCGAGUUUUUUUAUUGCCAAGUUGCACCAAGUUCAGAGACUGCUGCACACUGGUCCACUCUGUUGAGUGGUCUUGAACCAUAUUUAUGUGAUGACAACAGCAAUAGUGACAACACAGAGUGUUAUGAUAUUGUUGGUGAUAUAUCUCAAGAGGAUAUCUCUGGCAGCUCUGAUUCCUCUGGUAACGCAACUGCAGAAGACAAAGUUGAGAAUAGUGAACUGCGACCACUAAAACCACCAAAAUUCCAAAAAGGUGUCUUGCGGACAAACUGUAUUGAUUGUUUGGAUCGAACAAAUGUCGCUCAGUAUGCGUAUGGUUUAGCUGCUCUUGGACAUCAGCUGCAUGCGCUUGGUGCUAUAGAAUCUCCAGAGCUAGCUUUAGAGGCUCCCUUGGCCCAUCACUUGAUGCACUUUUAUGAGAGGAUGGGUGACACACUUGCUGUACAGUAUAGCGGUUCAGCUGCUCACAACAAGAUAUUUUCUGCAAAGAGAGGUCACUUGAAGCUUUUUAUUCAGUCACAAGAGUUCUUCAGGACACUACAACGACACUACAGCAACACCUGUAUAGAUGCUAACAAACAGGCUGCCAUAAACUUAUUUUUGGGAUACUUCCAGCCGCAGCAGGGGAAACCUGCACUGUGGGAGCUAGAAUCAUCUUCCGGGGAGCAUAACAAUGAACUUUUUGAUGACCACACAAGUACAUUGAAAAGAAUAAGAUCAGAUGGCAGUAUUCUUCAUGAAAGCGGUGCUUCUAUAUCUGGCUCGGGUCAUUGCUAUAAUGAACCGUUGACUGCAUCACAGCCUGAUGUUCAGAGUGGGUUACAAGUUCCAAAUUUGGAAUCUCAUUCAAUUCAUGAAAAUGAAGUUUCAUCAGGCUAUGAAAGUGGGGUAUCACACCUAAGGUAUACUCCCACAGCCUCUGAUAUACUUCAUGUCCCAAGAGCUGAUCCUGACAAUGAUUCUGGUGAUUCAAACUUCCUGGAUCUUGAAUGGCUCUCCACCUCAGGCAACUCAAGUGAUGAAAGGUCUGUUGCAACUAGCACGCCAGAUGCGAACCUAUCGACUGAAAAUGUAAUUAGUGGCAUAACUCCUGAAAUCAUGGAAAACCAAGUUGCUGAAAUUCAGGCUCAGAAGUUACCGGACGAUUUUGUGCAGUGGGUUAAUCACGGGGACACUUUUUGGUAUUAAGGUUACGAUGAUGCUGUCUCAUGUAUUCCUGGCUACUUGGAAGAUCCAGCUUCUCUUCCUGGGUAGUCAGUGAACGGAUCCAAGUAAGAGACUAGGAGUUGAGAAUAAGAUGGAUGGUACAGCAGUUCAGACAUUUCACCUGUGAUUUAUGCCCUUAUCAUCCCAGAGUCCUUUAGGGAAGUAUAACGUCUGUUUAUUUGUUCACAUCUUUUUUUUUUACUAUGGGCGAGUAGGUAGAUAUUUUUUCUUUUUAAAGAAAAUAGAGAUAGGUGUGGUAAUUAUUAUUCAUCUGGAAUUGUAUUAUUAUUCAUGGGACUUGCUAUUUUCAUGUGUAAAUAUAUAUGCUUGAGGUGUCUAUAGUGGAGGUGGAGAGCAAACCACCGCUUAUUCCUCAA